GGCAAAACAGAAGAAAAACAACGACCCCGCCGACACACUAGACACCUAAGAGAAGAGGAACACGUCAAAAUGGCGUAAUUCGGGAAAAUUGGAAGUUCUAUAUAAUUCACAGUUCAAACUGAUACAACGUGAUGGCAAUGACUUAGAAAAGGAGAAGGAAGUAAGAGCGAGGCCAGUGUGCCUGUAGCUGUUCAAAGAAAAAAAAACUUCUGCAAAGACUACAAACGACGUAAAUCUAUCUUUUGUUGUAUUUCAUAAGGAAUAACAAAAACAACGAAAAACCAAAGACUGGAUUUAUACAAAAGAUAAUUCAGAGGAUGUCAUCAUCUCGACCAGGAUCAAGAGCAAGUGAGUCUGAAAGUUUCUACGACCAAGACUUGGACUGCUCUCGGACACGGUCCGCCUUGGGCAGGCAGACGCGACCCACCUCCGCUUGGGAGAGGGUUGAGGAAAAGACUUUUACCAUUCAAGAAGCUCCUCAACAAAAUGGAACGUGCAACGGUGUGGCCAAAGGGCAUGAAUAUAUGCCUUCAAAAAGUAAAAGUAGAGACGAUGAAGAGGAAGAAGAAAACCUGGAUGAGUUAUUGGAGGGAAUGGAGGAGGAUGAAAAGCCCAAAGAGGGCAGUACAGCAAACUUAAACGACGAAACAAAAGGGCUCAGUAGUCCACAGCCAAAUGGAUCUAUAAACCCCGUGUCGGGGUUCACAGAAUCUCAAGUUUUUCUCGGAUCAAAAGAAGAAUCAGACGAUGAUGACGAAGACAAAAUUGUAUUCAAACCCUUUACGAAGGAAACAUUAAGGCGCCUCGAAGAAAGAGAGGCAGAGGAAAAGAAACUCGCUGAAGAAAAAGCUGGAAAACAACAAGAAGCCAUUCUUGUAGAUGGGGAACUGAAGUUUAAUGAUGAUGAGGAUGGUGAAGUAAUCGAAAAAGAUCCUUCACUGGUGGAAGGGAAUCCUCUUCCUGUAGACCUCGCAUUAGAGUUUCCAAAGAGCCUUCAUGGGAAACCUAUUGAGGAAAUAGACCAGUAUAUAAAAGAAAAGAUUGAUUACGGUUGGGUCAGUAACAAGACAUUUGUUGUGAUAGCUCCAAAGUUUCGGAACAGUAAAUACAUCUUCCGAUUCUCUGCCACGCGAGCAUUUUUCUGCCUAGCACCAUGGAACCCAGUGAGACGAGCUGCCCUCUAUGUGGUUUCAAACCAAUUCUUUGACUAUAUCAUCAUCUUGACUAUACUCAUUAACUGUAUCAUGAUGGCCAUCCUAGAUGCACCAGAAGAACCUGAGUUUGUCUUCUUGGGAAUUUAUACCAUUGAAAUGAUUGCCAAAUUACUUGCAAGAGGAUUUAUUCUCAACAAAUUUACAUAUCUACGAGAUCCUUGGAACUGGUUAGAUUUUAUAGUGGUCAUACUUGCCUAUAUCACUGUGUUGUUAGAAAAAUGGAUACUUAAAGACCAAAACUCUGAAAUCGGAGGAAUAGCAGCAUUGAGGACAUUCCGAGUUUUGAGAGCAUUUAAGACAUUUGCUAUACUGCCAGGUUUAAAGACAAUCAUCAGUGCAGUGUUCAAGUCAAUGAAGAUGUUAGCUGAAGUGAUGGUGCUAAUAGUUUUCUGCAUGACAGUCCUCUCUUUGUUUGCCAUUCAACUUUACAUGGGUCUCCUGCUAAACAAGUGCAUAGAGAUCCCUCCUGCAACUUUACCCAAUGGAACAAACUUUACAACCUAUCACGAAUAUUAUGCAGAUUGGAUAGCUCAGUCAGCUCAUUGGUAUGAUGAUGGAGAUGGGGGGUAUCAAUUGUGUGGAAACGUGUCAGGCACACAGGGCUGCCCAAAUGGCUAUCUAUGCCUUCCAGACCAAGGGCUCAACCCAAACAAUGACUACACACACUUCGAUGACUUUAUUUGGGCCAUGCUGAACAUAUUCCAGCUAGUCACUUUGGACUUUUGGGAAGACACUUACAACAAAGUUGUAAAGGUUGCUGGUGGCUGGAACAUACUAUUCUUCAUGGCCAUUGUAUUUUUUGGUUCCUUCUAUCUCAUCAACCUACUGCUGGCAGUGGUGGCUAUGUCAUAUGAAGAGGAAGCAAAGGCACAAGAAGCGGAACGUGAAAGGAAAGAAAAAGAACAAAAGAGAAAAGAAAAGAAAGCAAUAUUGAAAGCAAAACAAAAGAAAAAGAAACAGGGUUCCAAAGCUGUGCUAGAUGUGACAAAACUGUCAGGCCAUAUAUUAUCAUCGCACACAGAUCUGAGAGGAGAUGAGCCUGACAAAAAUCAUUUAAAAGUUGAUACUGUCCACCAAAAUGGAAGUGCACACAGCCUACACAGCUCAGAAAAUGGCCAUGCGGGGAAAAGUCACACAGAUCUUAAAAAGGGAAAUGUUGGGAGUAAAGUGAGCCUCAGAAGUGUCAGCAAAGAUACUGAAAAAGUCAUUGGAAAUAAUUAUACAGCGGUUGAAAAUGCUGAAGAUAAGAGGAAAAAGUUUGCAGAACAGGGCAAAGAUAAUGCCACCUUCACCAUGGAGAGUGAAACAGAUACCAUGGGCACACAGGACACCUUGGUGGAAACUAUCGCUAGCUCAGAAUUCCACAAUAAGAUGAGUGAAGAUGAAGCUCACCAGAAAGAGACAGUUGAUGGAUCAAAGGUAUCAACUUCUGGAGUGAAAAUUGUGGAGACAAAAGUGGAAAAUAAAGAUAAAGAGGCAGACCAGCUGGGCAGUGUGGUUGAUAAUAAAGAAACAAUGUCACUUAGAAGUGACGAACUCCCCAAAGAGAGUGACCCUGCAGAUGAAGAAUCAGAAGAUGAAUAUGCGGAUAGAAACUGUAAAUGCUGCCUUAAAUGCUGCUGCCAUUACCCAAGCUGGAGAACCUGUCAAAUAAUCUGCCACAAGAUCACCUCGGAACCACUGUUUGAGUGGUUCAUAACUGCAUGCAUCAUGCUCAAUACACUGUUCAUGGCCAUUGAACAUGUUAAUAUGCCCAAUGAUCUCAAGAACACAAUGGAUUACUUCAACUAUUUAUUUACAACCAUCUUCACACUGGAAGCUGUCCUUAAGCUAAUGGCCCUGGCCAAAGACUACUUCAAAAGUGGUUGGAAUGUCUUUGAUUUUGUGAUCGUAGUGUUCAGCCUGUUGGAGCUGGUGUUACUAUGGGCUAACUUGGCCAGUUUGCCAGGAGUGUCAUCUGUUAGGACACUGAGACUGUUCCGUGUGUUCAAGCUAGCCCAGUCUUGGACAACCAUGCGUGUUUUGCUGACCAUCAUUUUGAAGACCAUGGGCUCUUUGACCAAUGUGACCAUUGUGUUGGCCAUAGUGAUGUACAUCUUUGCUGUCAUUGGCAUGCAACUCUUCAGGAAUGCAUACCUAAAAGCUUUUGCAGAUGACAUAGGGUUAAAUGACAGGUGGCACUUCAAUGACCUGGGCCACGCACUGAUGAUGGUGUUCCGUAUCCUAUGUGGAGAGUGGAUAGAACCUCUGUGGGACUGUAUGCAGGCUGAUGCCAAUGCUGUUAGCCAAACAGGGGCAUGCAUUCCAGUGUUUCUCAUCACCUUGAUGCUGGGGAAUUUCUUGGUGUUGAACCUUUUCCUUGCCUUGUUGCUGAAUUCAUUUGGCAGUGACAGUUUAUCUGAGGGAGAAAACACCAAGAAAAAGAAGAAAAAGGAGAGCAGAUUACUGAAAAAACUACGUGCAGCCUUGAAGAUUGGAGUAUUCCGAAAGAAAAGCACCACUGUCAGUCCAUCGAGGGAAGGGUCCAUGGCGAAGGUGGAACCAAACAAAAAUGAAGAAGUCAACCCAGACAAGGAGAAAACGAUACCAGAGGUCACCUUUAAGAUUGAGGAUGAAGGCCUUUAUGAUGAAAAACAUAAAGUUGGUCAGAAUGGUGAGCAUCUCAGCACCAAUGGAGACCUGGAGUUGCAAACCUUGCACAGUAAUGGAGAUCUGAAGUCUUUAUCUUCUUCUGGUAUGCUUACACCACAGUCAAAUGGAGUCAUUAGAAACAAAAACAUAAAGAACAUUGAUGAGGCUUUCCACACACAAAGAGGUCAGUUUACAGAGUUUCCAACCACUCGGAGUGGACCAAAAGGCUCUACGCUUAGUGUUAGAACUAUGACCAGUGAGACCAAGGAGCAGAUUGAAAAUGAAAAGAACAAACAAAAACUUGAAGAAGACAAACGAGACACUGAAAAAGAAGAAAAAGUUAAAGGAGAAGAUGCAUUGAAAGCAGACGAGGAAGAUGAAGAGGAUAAGAAAAGCUUAACAGAGAAAGAAAAAGAAGACAAGAUGCGGCUUAAGGAUGAAGAUGCAGAGGAUGAAAAGCUUGCAGACAUAGAAGCUCACACCAUUGUUGACUGCUGCCCUGCUCCAUGUUACAAGAUGUCCAAAUGUUGUGCAUCAUGGGAUGACACAAAAGUUGGAAAGAACUUCAGGAAAACACGUGUAUUUUUCAACAAUUUAGUGACCCAUAAAGUAUUUGAAGGGUUCAUCAUAUUUCUGAUCUUAGCCAGCAGCACCACACUGGUAUUUGAAGACACCAACCUUCCUAUGAAUCCUCAGCUGGGCGAGGCUCUCCGAAUUCUCAACACCAUCUUCACAGUAUUGUUCACCAUUGAAAUGCUCCUAAAAUGGAUUGCUUUUGGAUUCAAGAAAUACUUCACAGACUUCUGGACCAUAUUGGACUUUGUAAUUGUCUGUAUUUCUGUAUUUGGUAUCAUAUCCGAUGGCAUUGAAUCAGUUGGAAACAUCAGUGCUUUCAGAGCGCUACGUACAUUGAGAGCACUGCGUCCUUUAAGAGCUGUGUCAAGAUUACAAGGAAUGAAAAUUGUUGUGAAUGCCUUAGCACAUGCCAUUCCUUCCUUUAUCAAUGUGCUCAUGGUGGGCAUGAUCUUCUGGCUCAUCUUUGCCAUCAUGGGUGUUCAACUUCUGGGAGGGAAAUUUUAUAAUUGUUAUGAUGGUGACGGGAACAAGCUACAAUAUAAUGCAUCAUAUCUAACCAACAAGACGGAAUGCCUUGCACUAGGAUAUGAUUGGAGUAAUGACAAAAUCCACUUCAAUAAUGUGUUCGCUGCCGUUCUUGCAAUUUUCCAAGUGUGUACAUUUGAAGGCUGGAUGGAAGUAAUGGAAGCAGCAUCUGACAUGACUGAUAUUGAUCUAGUGCCAAGAUUUGAAUACAGUUAUGCCAUCAUGUUCUACUUCGUCGCCGUGAUCAUUGUUGGGGCCUUCUUCACUCUGAAUCUCUUUAUUGGUGUCAUCAUAGAUAACUUCAACAUGCUUAAAAAGAAGUACGAAGGAACAUAUUUAGAUAUGUUCUUGACAGCACAUCAAAAGAAUUACUACCAUACACUACGAAAACUAGGAAAUAAGAAACCACAGAAGACUAUAAGAAGACCCAAGAAUAAAGUACAAGGCUUUUUCUUUGAUGUUGCCAUGAGCAACAAGUUUGAGAUGUCCAUAGUUGUGUUGAUAUUUGUCAACAUGCUGCUGAUGACACUGGAACACUACAGACAAUCAGCUCUCAUGACCCAGGUUCUAGAAUAUUUCAAUAUUGUCUUCACCACCAUCUUCUCCCUGGAGGCUCUCGUCAAAAUUAUUGGCAUGCGCUGGCAUUACUUCCGCAGGGUUUGGAACGUGUUUGAUUUCAUCAUUGUGGUGCUAUCAAUUGUAGGUAUUGCAUUUAAUGAUUUUUUGAAGACAUACUUUGUCACACCAUCACUACUACGAGUUGUUAGAGUAUUCAGAAUUGGCAGAGUAUUACGUCUGGUGAAAGCAGCAAAAGGAAUCCGCAAGCUGCUGUUUGCAUUGAUGAUUUCCCUUCCUGCUUUGAUCAACAUUGGGGCACUGCUCUUGAUGCUCAUGUUUAUUUUUGCCAUUAUAAUGAUGAUCAGCUUUGGCUUUGUGAAGAAAAAUGGCGCCAUAGAUGACACGACAAACUUUGAAAAUUUUGGCAACAGCUUAAUGUUGAUGUUCCGUCUGUCCACCUCAGCAGGCUGGAACGAUAUUCUGGACGGCCUGAUGAUCCACCCUCCAGACUGCAACAACACACACGUACUGCUGUCCAAUGGAAGCACGUUUGCCAGGUCAGGGGGAGACUGCGGGGACGACUUUCUUGCUAUCUUAUUCAUGAUUAUAUAUUUGAUCCUCACUUUCCUGAUUGUCAUCAACAUGUACAUUGCUGUGAUUUUGGAGAACUUCAAUCAAGCCCAUGAGCAGGAAGAGAUAGGUAUUACUGAGGAUGACUUUGAGAUGUUUUAUGUGGUCUGGGAGAGAUAUGACCCUCAUGCUACUCAGUACAUAAAAUAUGAACAAUUAUCAGAUUUUGUGGGAGAAUUGGAAGAACCUUUAGGUAUGCCAAAACCAAAUGGCAUGGCACUGGUUGCCUUUAACUUACCCAUUGUGGAAGGAGAUAUGAUGCAUUGCUUAGACAUCUUAAUGGCGUUGGUUAAACAUGUCCUAGGAGACGUAGAAGAAACUGAGGAGUUUAAACAACUCAGACAGCAAAUGCAGGACAAGUUUAACGAAUCGUUCCCAACACGUGUCAAUACUAAUGUUAUUGCAACAACUAUGCAGCGCAAGAAAGAAGACGUUGCAGCACGGACAUUGCAACGUUGUUGGAAAAAACACAAAAUGGACAAAGCUUUUGCGGAAUUUCAGCAAGCAGCUCUGGCACAGCUUGCGCUGGAGCGUAGUCAAAAUCAAGAGACACUGAGCCCAAAGAUGCAAGAAGCUUUGACAAAAUCAAGACCUGCCAGUGCUGUGAGUAGGUUAAGUUCAAGGACUAGUAUUAAUGUGGAAAAAAGUCCUACGCCUUCUAGAAAAAUGAGCACCACAGGUAACACACUUCAGGUCCCGGGAGGACCUUCUACAACAUAGUUGGUCCUUUUGUGUUUCCUUUUGUGUAAGUUUCAUUAGACACCAUUUUGACAUUGUUAUUUUUUUGCGUGAGCUUCAUCCAUGUCAUACUAUCAUUACUGUCAUAUAAUAAAUUAAAAAAUUCAUAUACAGAGAGAGAGAGAGAAAAAAAAGAAAAAAACUUUGAUGCUGUUAUAUAUCUUACAAUACCAUACAGGACACACAUGUAUGAGAUCAUAUAUAUAUACUCAGCACAUUUAAAAAGAGCCAGUAGGUGGCUGUGAUCUAUUGUUAAAUUACAUAUCUUUCAUACAUGUACAAUUGUGAGAUGUGAUGGAAAAAUGGUGUACAGAAAUCUGAUGCAGCACUUUAUCCACACUUAUUUUGUAGAUCAUCUUUACAAUUAAACAUAACAUUGCAGUCAUGAGUAUAACCAACUUGUGAUAGUAUUAUUGUCAUCAUUUAUGACAUAUCACUGUGAUAUAGGAUAUUGUGUGUUCACUUAUUACUUGGAAUCUCAAAAAUUAGAAAAAAAAUGUAAAGAUUUCUCAGAACAAAGGUGAUAUUCACUAGGGAGGAUUUAUUACAUAAAAUCCCCAAAUUACACAUAAACACGAUUUUUGUUUUCUUCAAUGUGCUAGUUACAUAAAAGGCAUUUCUUCGUUACUUCACAUCUUUAACAAUUACAUACAGAUGCUUCAAGAAGCUACAAAUCUACUAUUUUUAAAUUUUCAUUUAACUUUAAUCUUGAAUGGAGUUAAAUGAACCUGCAUGUUGUUGCAGAACAUUUCAGUUUCUUCAUAACUUGUGACAGAGGUGAACUUUUUUACCUUUGUAUGGUUCCACCACAUUUUCUUUCUUUCAAACUGUGAUAUAGGCAACUUGUAUAACUUUGUAUAUUUAUUGAGCCUAUAGAACAGCAAGGCCAUUCGCUGGUUUAUUUGAACUGAUAUGCAAUUCUGUGAUAUUAAUUUAAAGAUUCUGUAAUUACCCUUUCUUUUCUUCAAAGUUGAAAUACCCAUAUCAACCAUUGUUUAAAACCUCAUUUUUUGAGUGAUGUGCACUUUGAUAUAUUCAAUAUGGCAUUUCAAGUAAAUGGUAUUUACAACUUCACUUUACAUUUUAUUGUAUCAUCUCUUUUCUAGAUUUAGCUAGUAUGGUAAAAGAGUGCAGUCACUGAAUAUAAUGUGUGAGACCACUGGAACA